CGAGGCCCCGCCCCCUUCCCGGCCUGCUUCCGCCCGCGGGGUCCGGCCCAGUAUCCGGCGGCUGCUAGGUGAAUGAGACCUGUGCGACUCAUGAAGGUGUUUGUGACGCGCAGGAUCCCCCCCGAGGGCAGCGCCGCGCUCGCCCGGGCCGCAGACUGUGAGGUGGAGCAGUGGGAUUCCGAUGAGCCCAUCCCCAGCAAGGACCUGGAACGGGGCGUGGCCGGGGCCCAUGGCCUGCUCUGCCUCCUCUCUGACCGCAUAGACAAGAAGCUCCUGGACGCCGCAGGAGCCAAUCUCAAAGUCAUCAGUACAAUGUCCGUGGGUGUCGACCACUUGGCUUUGGAUGAAAUCAAGAAGCGUGGGAUCCGUGUGGGCUACACCCCAGAUGUCCUGACGGACGCCACGGCCGAACUCGCUGUCUCCCUGCUGCUCACCACCUGUCGCCGGUUGCCUGAGGCCAUUGAGGAGGUGAAGAACGGCGGCUGGACCUCGUGGAAGCCCCUGUGGAUGUGUGGCUAUGGCCUCACGCAGAGCACCGUUGGCAUCAUCGGGCUGGGGCGCAUAGGCCAGGCCAUUGCUCGGUGUCUGAAACCAUUCGGUGUCCAGAGACUGCUUUACACAGGGCGCCAGCCCAGGCCUCAGGAAGCAGAGGAAUUCCAGGCAGAGUUUGUGUCCACCCACCAGCUGGCCGCUCAGUCUGAUUUCAUCGUCGUGGCCUGCUCCUUAACGCCUGCAACCAGGGGGCUCUGCAACAAGGACUUCUUCCAGCAGAUGAAGAAAACGGCCGUGUUUGUCAACAUCAGCAGGGGAGAAGUGGUGGACCAGGACGACCUGUACCAGGCCCUGGCCAGUGGUCAGAUUGCAGCUGCUGGACUGGACGUGACGACCCCAGAACCACUGCCUACAAACCACCCUCUCCUGACCCUGAAGAACUGCGUGAUCCUGCCCCACAUUGGCAGUGCCACCCAUAGAACCCGAAACACCAUGUCCUUGUUGGCAGCUAACAAUUUGCUGGCUGGCCUGAGAGGGGAGCCGAUGCCCAGUGAACUCAAGCUGUAGCCACACGGGAGACACUGAGGCUAGGAGGCGAAUGGCCCCGGGAUUCUGUCAGAUGCGCCCAGGCUUGAUUGGACCCACAGGAUGGGAGCCAAAGGAAAAAGUCUGAUGUGUACUGAUUCUGUGGAGGGAAGACUGGUGCUAAUGGAUGUGGUCCCACUUUUGUGGUUGGAAGCAUCUGAGUCCAAAGUGUGUAAUUCUAUUAAAUAAUUCUCUGAGA